GCCGUUGAGGCAGACCCGCAGCUUCCCGCGCUCGGCCGCGGCAGCCCGGUCGCCGGUCCUGCCAUGUCCUGGGCCGUGGUCUUCGGCCUCCUGGCCGCGCUGCUGCUGCUGCUGCUGCUGCUGCUGUUGACCCGCCGGCGCACGCGGCGCCCCGGCGAGCCCCCCCUGGACGUGGGCAGCAUCCCCUGGUUGGGCUAUGCCUUGGAGUUUGGAAAAGAUGCCGCUAGCUUCCUCACUAGGAUGAAGGAGAAGCAUGGUGAUAUCUUUACCGUGCUGGUGGGCGGCAGGUAUGUCACUGUCCUCCUGGACCCACACUCCUACGACUCGGUGGUGUGGGAGCCUCGCACCAAGCUGGACUUCCACGCCUAUGCCGUCUUCCUCAUGGAGAGGAUUUUCGACGUGCAGCUUCCACAUUACAACCCCGGUGAUGAAAAAUCCAAGAUGAAACCGACACUCCUCCACAGAGAACUGCAGCUGCUCACAGAAGCCAUGUAUACCAACCUCCGCACUGUCCUUCUGGGCGACACCAUGGAAGCGGGCAGUGGCUGGCACGAGAUGGGUCUCUUCAAUUUUUCCUACAGCUUCCUGCUCAGAGCUGGCUACCUGACUCUGUAUGGCGUUGAGACACCGCCAUGGACCCAGGAGAGCCAGGCCCAGGACUGUGUCCACUCAGCCGACGUCUUCCACACCUUCCGCCAGCUUGACCUGCUGCUCCCCAAAUUGGCACGUGGCUCCCUGUCAGUGGGGGAUAAGGACCGGGUGUGCAGGGUCAAAGGUCGCCUAUGGAAGCUGUUGUCCCCAGCCAGGCUGGCCACCCGGGCCCACCGGAGCAAAUGGCUGGAGAGUUACCUGCAGCACCUGGAGGAGAUGGGCGUGUCGGAGGAGAUGCAGGCGCGGGCUCUGGUGCUGCAGCUCUGGGCCACCCAGGGAAACAUGGGGCCCGCUGCCUUCUGGCUCUUGCUCUUCCUCCUCAAGAAUCCCGAGGCCCUGGCUGCUGUCCGAGGAGAGCUUGAGCCUAUCCUCUCACGAGCAGAGCAGCCCAUUUCACAGAUGACCACACUCCCACAGAAGGUUCUGGACAGCACGCCUGUACUCGACAGCGUGCUGAGUGAGAGCCUCAGGCUCACCGCCGCGCCCUUCAUCACCCGUGAGGUUGUGGCGGACCUGGCCUUGCCCAUGGCAGAUGGGCGGGAAUUCACCCUGCGACGUGGCGACCGCCUCCUCCUCUUUCCCUUCCUGAGUCCCCAGAAGGACCCGGCCAUCUACACAGAUCCAGAGGUGUUUAAAUACAACCGAUUCCUGAACCCGGAUGGGUCAGAGAAGAGGGACUUUUACAAGGACGGGAAGCGACUGAAGAAUUACAGCCUGCCCUGGGGAGCGGGGCACAACCAGUGCCUGGGCAGGGCUUACGCCGUCAGCAGCAUCAAACAGUUCGUGUUCCUUGUGCUGGCGCACUUUGACCUGGAGCUGAGCAGCCCGGAUGUGGAGAUGCCCGAGUUUGACCUCAGCAGGUACGGCUUCGGGCUGAUGCAGCCGGAACGCGACGUGUCCAUCCGUUACCGCCUCCGGGCGUGAGCUCUGGGGCAGAUGGGGCUCCGCGCACCCAGCCUGCCCCCAGUCGCCCAACUUUCUGUGCCUGCGUUUGGCCUGGGGGCAGAGCUUUGAACACCAGCAGUGCCAUCACUACCCCCUCCCUGCUUUUUUUCUGGAAGGCUCUGUCUGGGGAAGAGAAAAGAAGGGAAGCUGAGAGAAGGGGAGUGAAGAAAAGACACCAGAAGUGCUGUGGCUUAUCUGCUGCAGAGGUUUAGUUCCAAAAUGAGGCUCUUUCUGCUCCAGCUCCUCUUGCUCCUCUCAUCUGUUUGCUGUCCACCAAAGUGAGGGCAGACAGGGCAAACGGGGAGACCCCACUGCUCUGCCCCAGAGGGGCCUCCGUCCAAGCCCCAGACAAUGGUGCAGUCUAGGCCUUCACCAGUCAAGUCAGAUGCUGGCCAUCAAACAGCCACCCAGGGCCUAGCAGUGUGUCUGUUGAAAUAGCAUUGACUUUGAAAUAUCAUUGAACGACCUAAAGGGUCCCUUAGAACAUCUGCUCUCCUAGGAGCUCCAUUUGCCAGGCACGUUCCCCAUCUCUCUGUUCACACUGAUCUUUGAGAAAAUGCAGGAGGGUGUCCUGAGGUUGGUGCAUCCGUGGUGCAAGGUGGGAGCACUCUGCAAACACUGGGCUCUGAGGAGCAGACUUCUCUGCUAGAGUUUGGGCUCAGGAUGAGCCGGGUUUUAACAAGACAGAGCCCUGACGGGAUGGUCCCAGUGAAAGGAGACAGCCAGGACUCCAAGCCAAAAAAAUAAAUAAAUAAAAAGGUGGGGUGGGGGUGGGGGUGCUGGUUUCCUGCAUUCUAGUUCAGAAGCUCCAGCUGCAGGCACCGUCCAGACUGCAGACCUAUUUUGUGUGCCCUACACUUAUUACCAAACUACAUUAGUGUUACCAUGUCGUCUUUGGGAGAGUUGAUUCAGAAAGUUCAGCCUCUCUUGAAAACUUGAAAGAUCUGUCCACACUGGGCCCAUACUUCCAAGGGCAACCACGGGCCAGAGCUGAGUAGCAGCUGCCUCCCUUUUCCGAGGCAUGUGUGAUCUGAUUCACUAGGAUUUCUGCUUGGUCUGCUUUUCCAUUCACGGUACCUCUGGCCCCCCAAAGGCAUCCAAGUUUGAGAGCCUCUUCCUACUCUUAGAGGUGAUGUCGUAGAAGGGGCGAGAACCUGCUAAGUGGCCCUCAAAUCAAUGGUUCAUCCUGCCCUGGGUGCACUACCCUUUGAUCAAACAGAUCGAUGAUGAAAACUUGCCUUUGCAUCAGCUUUAGGAAAAAAAAAAAAAUCAAAGAGAAAAACUACCUGAAAGCCUUUAUUAUGAUGAGAAGUAUGAAGUCCUAUUUAUUAAGGGCCCUCUAAAUGCCUAUGACAUGAACAGUAGACACAGUAUUUCUAUUUUUCACAGAAUCUCUGUGAAGAGAGGAUGGUCAUGCCCUCUUUAUAGAUGGAGAAAUGGGCUCAGAGAGGUGAAGUGACUUGCCUAGGGUCACACAGCUUGUAAGCUGGUAGAAUUCAGCAAACAGAAUUACUGUCCCAGUGGCAAAUGCUGGGUGGGCAGCUCUGUGUUCCUUGGGCUCAAGGGGGUGGUGGAGGGCAGUUCUGUUUGGCAUCAGGGAGCUGACGGAGCCAGAAGCACCCAGGGGUGGAUGCAUCUCAUGAGUUGUAGGCGCGCGCACACACACACACACCCCUAGGUCCCUGUAGUUUUGGCUGGAGGGAGAAGAGAAGACCUGAGAUCUGACUGUUCCAGCGGCUGAUCUCUUCUUGGAGUGUGGCACCAGGGCUUGGGGGCUUCCCUGGUCCUCAGCCUGCAGGCGGCCCCAGGAUUCCCAGACAGACAUGGUGAUUGGCGGGAGGCGGAAUAUCCCCAGGGAAACCCAUCUUCAUGCCUGGGUGACCCCCUCUGCCGCCUGCUUCUUAACUCUGCAGGAAAUCAGGGCUGGCAGCCUCCUGUGGGAGGAUGGAGCCGGUUUCCAUGGCAACCCUCGGCUGCCUCCUCCUGGCUUGGAAAGGAAGGAAGGAGGCCAGCAGAAAUAGCUCCAAGGAAGAUCUCUCUUGUGCCUGGCUGCUACCCUGAUGUGCUGGGGAAAAGCCCUUCUGACUUCCCCCUUCCAAAUCAGGGCUCCUUGUCACUGAGACUAGAGUCUCACCUGUGUUCAAACAAGGGCCUAUUCGCUUUAAAGGUGGCACCUCCUUGGAGCCACAAUCAUUAGGAAGAAACGAUUCUCCUACCAGGCAACUCCAGCUGGUACCAGAGAUAUCGAAGUACAGCUUGGGAGACAAUGCUUUAAACCCAUUCUUGUUUUAAUCUUUAUCCUUUUUUCUUUCUUCUUUUAAAAAAUAUAAGCUAUGGAGAAAAGAGGGAGAGAAGAGCGAGUUAGCUCCUUGCUAGUGGUUACUUAGGAAGGUACUGGACAUCAUUGUAUUUCUUCAUAACUUGCUUUACAAUAAAAAAUUGCAGGACAUA